UAAAGUUAAUAGUAACGACUAAAACUAGUAAAACUAUACCUACAUUAUAAUAUACUAUUAUUAUAGCGAUUUAUAGCCUACGAGUGUUACGCUCGCAGUGUCCACUCGACUAUGACGAUGACGUACUCACCUAACCGCGGAUAAUGUCGUUUUAAAAUAUUCUGGAAUUAUUACAUAUUUUAAAAACAUCCGUGUAACGAGAAAAAGUCGAUUUAGUGCGAUUUCGGUUACUUUUUCUACGGAAAUAUAUUAUACACCGAUACAGGUACACUUUGCUAUAUAAUAGUCCUUUUUAUAGACUUAUUGGUACAGCAAAACUGCAAAACGUAUAUGAACCGCGCGGAUAAAUAUACGUAUUUGAUUUUUGCAAUUGCUAAAACUUAAAUCAUCACGUCGCCGACGACGACCGUCCGAAAUAUAAUAUACGUUCGAUCGACAUUUAUUAUCAUAAUAUUGUCAUGACAAUAUUAUAUAGUCGAUCGCAGUGCGUCGUUUUUCCGGCAAAAAUGAUAUCGCGUCAGACAAAAGUCGCCUUGUGUUUUCGAAACGCCGACACGAACGUUUUCGUACGACUCGGCCGCGUCCCUGGCACGUACCUACGUUAAUAACAAUAAUAAUAAUAUUACGCACAAUUUAUUAUUAUUACUAUCGGUCGAGUCGAAGCGUUAUCGUCACGCGCGAUUCAGUGUUAUUGCGGGCCGAUGCGAAAAUCGUAAUCCGUUUCGGCGAAAACCGCGGUCUUGGCAUCAGCGGACGAGGUUGCGGUUCAGCGGCGGCCGCUCGGUCCGCGCCCCGGGCUCGAAAAGAUAGUUAUAAAAAUAAACGUCGCGGGGCCGAUAUAUCGACGCGCGCGCGAUAUCUCGUAUGGGCAAUACCGACGCCGCCGCCGUCGUCGCCAGUACACAAUAAUAAUAAUAUUAUACGCGCAUCAUCGUUGUACCUAUAUUACUACUAUCGUUUUAUACAACGUCGUCGUCGUCGUCGUUUCGCGAUCGCUCGCACGACCUACCGCGCGGCGUCAUUCGAUAUCGCCAUCAUCGCCGCGAUCACGAUGACGGCGCGGCGUCACCGCGGGAGCGAUGACGACGAUUAUCGCCGCCCGCAGCCGCUGCAGCAGAAGACGGUACGCCGCACAGCCGCCGUCGUCGUCGCCGCCGUGGCCGUGGUCGUCGCCGCGGUGGCCGUCACCGCGGCGCGCGCCACCACGUUCGAGGGCGGCGAGACGGCCACGGUGCCGCCCGACGACACGGUGUACAUGACCGAGGAGGUGGCCGCGUGGAACGCGACGGCCGCGGCCGCUGGCGAUUACGCGUACGACGACUACGACUCGUCCACCGCGGACGUGUUGCACGAGCCCGGCGGCCACCGUCACCAUCCGUCCAAACCGGUGAAGCCGGUAGCGCGCGUGGACGCCAGCACCGCGGUGCCCGCGGCCACCAUUACCGUGCAGAUAUACUCCGUCACCGAGGAGGUUCCCGUCACCGCCGCCACCGUCACCAACGCGACCGUCACCGCCACAGCCGCCACCAACACGACCGCCGCCGCCACAGCCGCCACCAACACGACUGCCGCCGCCACAGCCGCCACCAACACGACUGCCGCCGCCACAGCCGACAACACGACCGCGGCAGUGGAUACGACCACGGCGGCCACCACCGAAUCCGCAGUGCUGAUGCAGGUCGCCAGUCCGCCGGGCUACGGAGCGACGACCGCCGUCACCGCCACCACUACGCCCUCUCCGAGCACCGCUCCGAAUUCUUCGGCGUCGCUGUCGGGUCGCCGUCGGUGGACUGCGACACUUUUGCUAGCCCUAAUCGCUACGGUCGCGUCAUAACCGCGGUUAGGUUAUACGAUAUACCUAUAUAGGUACGACCGCGAUUCGUAUAUUAUAUAUGUUGUAUGGAUAUAGCGCGCGCGCCAACUAUAGUCGCGACUGGCAUUUUAAACAUUUUAUAGGCGAGCGGUAAUAACGAUAUAAAUAUGGUACUAUAUAAGUUUUUUAUACGUUUUCCGUCGUUGGAUUUGUUUUUCUCCGCCAAGUAUGUUUUAUGUAGGUAUACCGCGAAAGACGCGACGUCAAUCCCAUUUCUUAAUUGUGCUAUAUAACUGCUUUUCUUUUUUUCAAACAUUAAAAAUCCCCCAUACCUUUGCAGCUCGAGUCCGGUCUUUUAUUGUGCUUUUUGAAUUCGCACGACAAUAAAAAAUUCACCCCUCAUUGUUGCGCAUAUAGUCUAUAUAAUAAUAUAUACUUUCUGAUUUCAAUCGAUUAUAUACCUAUCUAAACCUAAUUAAGUUUAUUUCACAAUUUACAUACUUUUUUUUUUAUGUGCUUGGAUUGCCAUUGGCCAAAACGUCAGACUUUUUUCCGAUCCCUAGCCAAAAGUAUUACAACACUUUUAUUUCGCGCGCGAAUUCCUUUAGCUCGAACUGCAGAACUCUAUAUACUCUUUCAAAUCUUUUCAAGUACUCACGCAUACAAUAAUUUAUACAUAUCUUUUGAUUUUUUUGCCGUUGGCGUGGAAUUGUACGACAACAUUUAAUUUUCACCAAAUUGUCAAUUUUGUUAUGAUUGUUAAUAAUAUAAUAUAUAAUUGAUAUAACUAUACUAUAUUUAGUAUAAAAGCUGUUAAAAAUAUAUUUUUGUAAUACAUAAACUAUUGUUUGUAGUUGUAAUGUAGCUGUAAUGGCGUAAUGAUACUUAUGUUUGUUAAACCUUGAUUAAAUUACAAAAAUGAUGGUUUUAUUUAAAAA